AUGUUGAUUUUUCAUCGACAAUAUGUGACAUUCUUAUGGAUUCUAUUCUAUCAAAUAAAUAUCAAUCAAACGUCUCACAUUCGUCAUCUUUCUCUAUCAAAUAAUAUUAAUCAUUUAACUUAUUAUUCUUCUUUAAAAUGGCUUUAUGUUGCUUCAAUUGAUUCGAUAUCAAUUUAUGAUGAUAAUUUAACACUAUUACAAAAUAUAUCUAUACAAAAUUCUUAUUUAAAUGAUUAUGAUAUAUGUAAAAUAAAUCCUUGUCAAUGUUUAACUAAUUUAACAAAUAAUAAUAAUAAUAAUGAAAGUGAUGAUAUAGCAACAGAAAGAUAUCGUCGUUCAAAAUUAAGUCAAUCAUUAAAUUUACAAAAUUCUAUUGAUCAAAAUAAUUAUAAUUUAAUACUUUAUCUUGAAACAAAAAAUAAAAUCGAAAAUAAACCAUAUUUAAUUGAUUGUUGGUCAUUACAAACAGGUUCAUGUAUUAUUCGUAAUGCAUUAAAUUUAUCAAAAAUUUAUUAUCAACAAAUAUCAACUAAUGAAAAAAUUCAUACACAAAAAUUUUUAUUUAAUACUGAUUCAACAAUACCAAAUCAUAUAUUUCCAUUUCAUUUUAAAUUUAAUAAAUGUAAUAAUACACCAACUUAUUUAUUUUUAACAUCAACAUUGAGAAAAAAUUUUAUCGUAUCCAAUCAAAAAGAAAAAUCUGAUGAUCUAACCGAUCGUUUUUAUGUUCAAUGUCUUGAACAAGCACAACGACGUACAAUUGCCUUACGAGCUUUUGUCUAUGAUGAUGGCAAAAAAAAAUUACAGAACUAUGUAAACAAAUCUAUGAUUACAACGAUUAAACAACGUAAUAUUACUGUUGUUAAAGAUUCGAUUAUGAAACAACAAAAUGUUCAUAUUGAGAAUUCUACAAAUAAAACAAGGUCAUCUUUAAAUAACAAUAAAUCGAAUUUAACAUCAAUUAUAGAAAUUUCUCGAAUAUCAUCUACUAAUCCUAUGGUUUCUGAUGAUCAUAUAACGAAUAAAACUAAGACAUCAUCUUUAUUUAAUUCUAUUCAUGAACAAAGUCCAUUUUUAAAUAUUAAUGAUUAUUGUUCAGAACAAUUAUCUGUUGUACGUUCAAUAUAUACAGAUUUUUUUGAACAUGAAUCAUCAGAUAAAUUUCGACUAUUUCAAGAUAUUAUAUAUGAUGAAAAUAAUUCAUCUAUAUAUUUAUUUACUAAUCAACAAUAUGUUAGUAAAAUUAUACGUUUAUGUGAAGGACAAAUAUCAUUUCGACAUUAUGUUGAAUUACAAAUAAAUUGUGGAAAUGAAUAUACACUUAUACAAAAAGUUAAAUUAAUUAAAUUGAAAAAUAAUAAACAAUAUAUAUUAACAAUAGCAUCAAAAUCUAAAACAUUAAAUAGUCUUGAACCAUCACAAAAUAGUCAUUCAGCAAUAUGUUUAUAUGAACUUGAUCAAAUAAGAAAUGCAUUUAUUGAUAAUAUACUUGAUUUAUCAAAAGGAAAUGUUUCACUUGGUAUGGCUUGGUUACAUGGUGAAUCAGUUAUUCCACAAUAUCCAGCACCAUAUGGAAAUUUAGCUCGAUGUUCAACAAUACGUGAUGCAAGCUAUUUAAUGAUUUAUGAAGGAUCAUCGAAUAUUAUUUCACAACCAAUAAUUAGUUUUUCAUCUGAUCAAUUAACAUCAUUAGAAGCAACUCUAGUUAAUGAUUAUAUUGUUAUUUUAGCUGGUACAGCAGAUGGUAAAAUUAAAAAGAUUAGUGUUCAACCAACAACAAAGAAAGCUUUUCAAUUUGAAGAAUUAUUUGUUCAUUUUGGUGAAUCUAUUCUUCGUGAUAUGAUAUUAGAUAAAAAUAGUCGUUUUCUUUAUGGAGCAACUAAAACUCGGCUCUUUCAAGUGGAUCUUCAUGAUUGUGAUCGUUAUAAAACAUGUUUUUCAUGUCUUUCAUCACAAAAUCCAUAUUGUGGUUGGGGUACAACACUCAAUCGUUGUACUGUACGUCGAAAUGAAACAAAUGAUAAACGACGUUUUCGUUGGUUACAAAUACAUGAGAAUUGUCCAAGUAUUAUCGAAAUGAGACCAGCUUUUAUAUCAAAAGCAAAAUCUAGCAAAUUACAUUUACAUGUUGAUAAUGUACCUGAUGAUUCUACUUCAAAAUAUUUUUGUUCAUUUGGUUUUACUUCACUUUUAACUGACACAGAUGAUAGUAAUAAUAAUAAUAAUGAUAAACCUAUUUAUAUAUCAAAUGCAAUUAAAUAUGAAAAUUAUAUUAUAUGUUAUUCACCACCAUCUGAAACAUUGAUAAAUAUUAAUCAUGAUUCAAUUAUUAUACGUCUAUUUUAUAAUAAUAUUAUUCUUACAGAAAAAAAUGCUACAUUCUAUGAUUGUUCAUCAUAUUUAACAUGUACAUCAUGUAUGAAUAAUUCAUUUGAUUGUACAUGGCAAUUAUUAACAGCAACAUGUUUUGAUAGUGAUUUAAUUACUGAGAAAAAUGCAAUCAUAAUAAAUAAUUCUUUAAUUCAUCAAUGUCCACGUUAUAAUGUAUCGACAAAAGAAAUAUUUAUUUCUGAUGGUGAUUCAUUUAUUCUUGGUGAAAAAAAUCGAGUUAUUAUUCAAAUAAUUGAAUUAAAAUAUAAUAUUCAAAAAUAUUUUCGUUGUAUAUUAACAUUUAUAAAUUCAAGUAUAAUUACAAGUAUUGGAAAAAUUAAUAAUGAUUCUCUUAUUUGUGAUUUAUUUCAAAUUUCUUAUGAAAAUGAUGUUGGUCAACAAAAUUUAUCAUUUGAAAUUGAAUGGAAAGAAUGUGAAAAUGAAUGUACAUAUAAAAAAUUAGAAGCUCUAACAAAUUUUACAGUCAACAUAUAUAAAUGUAAAUAUCUAGCUGAUUCUUGUGGUUCAUGUAUAUUACUUCAUGAUAAUUAUCAUUGUAUAUGGUGUGAAACAGAUAAAUCAUGUCAUCAUGAAAUAAAUUCAACAAUAUGUAAACCAAAUCAUAUAAUAAGUUCAUCAAUGGGUGUAUGUCUUGAUCCACGUCUUAGACAAAUCUAUCCUAUCAUAGGUCCACAAUAUGGUCGUACACCAAUACAAAUCUAUGGUUCAAGUUUAGGUAAACAACCGCAUGAUAUAUCGGUUGUUCUUAUAAAUUCUAAUCGAACGGAAUAUCAAUGUCAUAUUCAAAUUGAAUCCUAUAUUGUUGCUCAAUCAUUUAUAUGUCAAUUACCAUCUUUACCAAUUGGAGUGUAUACAAUUAAAGUUACUGUUCAUUCAGUUGUUAGUAAAGAUCGACCUAUUUUUCAUAUUGUGAAACCAAUUAUUAAUGAUAUUUAUCCAAAUUUAGGACCUCGAUCUGGUGGUACUUUACUUUCAAUAAAAGGAAAACAUUUAACAAUAGGAAGUAAAAUAAAUAUAUUUGUUGGUCAUCAACCAUGUUUGAUUAUUGAAAAUGAAGAAAUGUCUACUAGUAGUACAAUAUCAGAUGAUGAAAAUAAUUCAUUAAUGAUUCCAUGGAUAUCUCAAUUAGAAUUACCGAAUGAAAAUGAAGAAGAAAUUAUUCAAUGUCGAACAUCUAAAUUAACAAUUAUAAAUGAACAUAAUAAAAAUCGACAGCAAAGAUUUGUUAAACGACAAGCAUUAUGGAUUGGUACAAUAACAAUUUUAAUUGAUAAUUUUACUGAAACUUAUUCAAAUAUUACUUAUUCAUAUACAGAAGAUCCACGUGUUCAUAAUUUAAGUCGAUAUUUGGGUAUUCAAAGUGGUGGUUUACCAUUUCUUGUUUAUGGUACUAAUUUUAAUUCAAUUCAAACACCACAAUUCUUUAUUGAAUAUAAUAAUAGUCAAGUACUUGUUGAGAAUUGUUCAGUUAAAACUCCAGAAAGUAUGCUUUGCUAUGGUCCAUCAUUAAAAUGGAUAGAAAAUGAAAUAAUGCUUAAAAGUACAACAUCAUCUUUUAUUACGACAACUAUUACUUCAACAACAACAAUAAUAUCAUCAUCACCAAUAACUCAUAUUUUACAUGCUCGAUCACAUGAUAAAAAUCAUUGUUUUGAAUUUAAAUUUGGUUUUUUUAUGGAUGAUGUUGAAUAUGUUCGUAAUACAUCAACAUAUUAUGAAACAUUUUUACUUUGUCCUGAUCCAAUUAUAUAUCCAUUUAAUAAUGAUGGAAAACGUAUACAAUAUCGUUAUGAUUAUUUAACAAUAGAAGGUUUAAAUUUACUUGAUGUUGCAACAAUAAAUGAUUAUAUUAUAACUAUUGGUUCAUAUCCAUGUAAUAUAACAUCAAUAUCAGAUCAACAAAUUGUUUGUCAACCAACAAAUCGUACUAUUGAAAAAUUAAUUAGAAAAAAACGAAUUUUACUUGAUAUUAAUACAAAAUAUAAUGAACAAGCUAUUGUUCGUGUUACACUUGGUCGUCGAAUUUAUAUAUUAGGUACAUUAAUAUAUACAUCAAAUAUUGAAAAACGAUCAUUAGUAUUAUAUUAUAUAAUUGCAAGUAUUUGUGGAUUUCUUUUAACAAUGUUUAUUAUAAUUGUAUCAAUUAUUUUUCGUCGUAUAAAUACAAAACGUACUCGACAACUUAAUCGUUUACAAAAUCAAAUUGAUACACUUGAAAUGCGUGUUGCUCGGGAAUGCAAAGAAGCAUUUGCUGAACUUCAAACAGAUAUAGGAGAAAUUACAAAUGAUUUAUCACAUUCCGGUGUACCAUAUCAUGAUUAUCGUACAUAUUGUAUGAAAAUUUUAUUUCCAAAUGCUACUGAUGAAGAAAAAUAUAUGAUGCUUCAUAAUAUUGAAAUACCGUUAGAAGCUAAUAGACGAAAUAAUGUUCGACAAGGUCUUCAACAUUUAUCUCAAUUAUUAUAUAAUCAUCAUUUUCUUCUUCUUAUGAUUCGUACAUUAGAAGCAGAUAAAAUUAAUUUUCGUUUACAAGAUCGUAUGCAAUUUGCAUCUCUCAUCAGUAUUCUUCUUCAAGAUAAUAUUGAAUAUUUGACUGAAAUAUUAAAAAUAUUAUUAAAAGAAUUAAUUGAAAAAUCAUUACAACAAGAUCGAAAUAAUAGUAAAAUAUUAUUAAGAAGUAAUGCAUCUGUAGCUGAAAAGAUACUUUCAAAUUGGUUUGCUUUUCUUCUAUUUGGUUAUAUUAAAGAACGUAUUGGUUCUCCUUUGUAUAUAUUAUUUCAAUCAAUUAAACAACAGAUUCAUAAAGGUCCUAUUGAUUAUUUUACAAAUGAAUCAAGAUAUUCAUUAAGUGAAGAUAAACUUCUUCGACAACAUAUAGAUUAUCAAUCAAUGAUUGUUUAUGUGAUUCAAGUAGAAGAUGAUAAAUCUCAUCUUAUUUCAACACCGGUGCCAAUAAAAGUUCUUAGUUGUGAUUCAAUAACCCAGGUGAAAGAAAAAAUAGUCGAUCAUUUUUAUAAAAAUAUCCCUUUUUCCAAACGUCCAUCAAUUGAAGAUUUUGAUUUGGAAUGGAGAAUUGGUUCACAUAUGAAAUUACUUCGUGAUGAUGAAAAAGUUGAUAAUCCUGAUACAAAUGGUUUUGUACAAGUACAAACAUUAGCAACUUAUAAAGUUCAUGAUGGUGCUCGAUUAUUUCUUAAUUUAAAACCUGGUAUGAAUCGUACAAAUACAUCAUCAUUUUCAUCAUUAAUAAGUUCUCAAACAAAUUCUGGUGGAUUAACAAGCUGUUAUACAACUAAGAAUAUAUGUUAUACACAAAAAACUGAUGAUGAUCAUAGAUGGCAAUUACUUCAAGGACAUGAAAAUCAAAUAUUAUUGAAUUCAACAAUAGAUUUAAUAAAUUUACGAAAAGAUCAUCGAUUAACAAAUACAAAUCAAUUAGAACAAUCAUUUUCUAAUUCUCGAUCAGAACAAAAUACACGUUUUUAUCAUUUAGUUAAAUCAACUGAUCGUGAAGAUGAUGAUCGAACAUUAAUGACAAAUAAACUUGUUUCAGAAGUUUAUCUGACACGUUUAUUAGCAACAAAAGGUUCAUUACAACAAUAUAUUGAUAAUUUUUUUGAUACAAUUUUUUGUCUUGUUGAUUUACCAUUACCAAUUAAAUAUUUAUUUGAUUUUCUUGAUGAACAAGCUGAAUAUUAUCAAAUAUUUGAUUCAAAUAUUAUUCAUACUUGGAAGAGUAACAGUUUACCAUUAAGAUUUUUUGUUAAUAUUAUUAAAAAUCCUGAUUUUAUAUUUGAUGUUGAAAAAACAAGUGUUAUUGAUGCAUCUUUAUCAGUUAUUGCUCAAAUGUUUAUGGAUAGUUGUGCUGCUGGUAUUCAUCAAUUAACAAAAGAUUCACCAUCAUCAAAACUUUUAUUUUAUCGUGAUGUACAAAAAUAUAAAAAACUUGUUGAAAAAUAUUACGAUGCUGUUUCUUCUCUUCCUACUGUAUCUAUUCAUGAUCUUGAUCAACAUGUGAUAUUGAUUAAAGAACAAGAAAAUCAAAACUCAUCAAAUAGACGAACGAAUGACUUUAAUAGAACAUAUGCUUUAUUUAAAUUAUAUAAUGAAUUUAUUAGUCGAUAUAAGACAAGUUUACGAAUAGCAAUAACAAAUGAUUUUCAUGAUAAUCAGUAUCGAUUAGCAGCAUUAUUUGAACAGAUUGUUACUUUUAUGGACAGCUUUGAACUUGAUAUUUAA